AGGGGAAGAAUCCUUCUCUCAAUCUCUCAGUCGAAUAUGGGAAAUCGAUGGCUAGCUACUGCGAGGGUUGAGCGCGGAGAUCUGUGGAAGAGCGACGCUCUCUCUGGCUCAGGCACCACAGAUUUUCACCGACGGCUACUUUUCCUUGUACCAUUGAAAGCUCGAAGAGGUCGACAUCGUUCGUAGCUGUCGAAUCGAUUACUUAUGGAAAAGAGAGAGAGAGUGAACUACUGUUCAGUGUUGGAGGGAGGAAGGAAGGGUUUCCGAUCCCGAUCCCGAUCCCGAUCCCGAUCUCGAUGUCGGCGAUGGAGAUCAAUAGUUCAAUUUCGUGCCCUUCAACUCCUUGUUGGAUCUCCGAGAGGCCGUUCCUCACUGACCGCUUCCAUCAGAAAACCAAAACGACGUCGCGUUUCGCCACCGAUACCAAGGAUUCCCAUACUGUAGGAUUCCAAGAUGCCAUUGGCUAUUACAAUGCUGCUGUUCAGGAACUGGUGGAGGUUUCAGAGGCUUAUGUUUAAGCACAAGUUGUACCAGCUAAGGGAAGAGAGGGAUAUGAAGCCUGAGACUUUUGCUAGCCUCGUCUCAGCUAUUAUCUAUUAUCUACGAGAAAAGGCUAAGGCCAUGGCUGGUGAUACUGCUGUAAGGUCAUUGCUAGAAAAGAUGGUUGAAUGUGCUAGCAAUGCGUACCUGGUUAUAUUAGUGAGGUGGGUCUAUGAAGGAGUCAUUGAUGAUCCUUAUGGUGAAUUUUUCAUUGCUGAGAACAAAUCUCUUCAAAAGGAAAGCCUCAAGAUUAUGAAGCCAAGUAUUGGAGGCAACGUUACAGCCUUAAGGAUGGAAGUCCUAGCUUUCUUGCAAAUAUUGUUGAGACAAUUUUAAUCACUGGAAAAUAUCUAAAUGUCAUGAGAGAAUGCGGGCACCAUGUUCAGGUUCCACUAUGGUUUAUCCUGUACAUUUGUACAAUAUUAUCUUCUUCUCCUUGUUUUUUUUUUUUUUGGUACAAUCCUUCACCUCCCUUGUGGUGUCGUUAGUAUCUAUCAGUGACUGGAUUGUAUGAAUAGGUCCCUGUAUCUGAAAAUUCGAAAUUGAUGAGCUUUGGCUCAAAUCAUCGUUAUAUUAAGUGUAUAAAAUCUGCUUAUGACUUUGCCAGCAGCGAGCUUUUAAAUCUUAUGAAAGAAAAAGUGAGGCUCAGUCGUCAUAAAUACUUUUCUGUGCAUAUGUUAUCAUUCUUUUUGGUUCCUAUAUGAAUAAAUUCAUGAUUGAUGAUCUGAAUUGAUCUUGUUGUCUAAUCUUACCUUUUUUUUUUCUUUUCCUUUUUUUGUCUGUAUGUAGUAUGAUUUGAUGGGGAAGCUACAAUCUAUAAAGCACUAUCUUCUUCUUGAUCAGGCUUCUCUGGUGCAAAGUUGGAAGAUCUUCAAGAAUUUUUAGACAAUAUGAAAACAAUGUCAACCAUCCAUAUGAUUUCCUCAGUCUUGCAGCGCACCUAAUUCGCACCUUUUUGUGGUAGAUGAAGUGACUGCAGUAAUUGUGAACAGAACUGCAAUAGAAAUUGCUAGGCUAGACUUGUAGUAGGUUAAUUGGGGUUUUAUUUUGCCUAUUUUAUGUACUGUCAAGGAUAAUGAUUUUGGACAGAAUACUCCAAUAUUCAAAUUACUUUUGUCAAAUAUGGAUUGCAUUUUAUA